ACAUAUUUGUGAUCAGAGAUCCAUCCAUUUGUAUUCUUGCAUAUUUUGUAUACUCACUCUCCAUCCUCCAUCUCACACCACUCAGAUUUGGUGAAAAUCCCAGGUGUUUCAAACUGCUUCACAUCCAUGAGCGCUUCGAUUCCCUUCUGCUCUUUCCCUCUGAUCCCAACUCCCGUAUCACCCCACUUCUUCUUUAUAUGAAAUCCACCCAUUUCCUCACUUCUCACUCCCUUCCUUCUUAAAUUUCCCAUCUGGGUCUUCGUGGUUUUUGUUUGUUUUUUUAGAUUCUGGCUGAAUUCGUGGUCUUUUCAAUAGCGAGUCUCCUCUACUUCAAUUGUAUUUCUCUGUAAAUUUUCCGUCUGGGUCUGUUUGGUUUGGUUGGUUUUGAUUGCAUUUCCUCUUAGUUCUUCCUGGGUUCUUGAUUCUCCGUCUGGGUCUGUUUAGUUUGGCUUGGGCUGUUUAAUGGCGACUCUCCUCUGCUUUGAUUGCGUUUCUCUGUGAAUUUUCUAUCUGGGUUUGCUUGGUUUGGGCUUUCAAGGCUUGCUGUAUUGGUUCUUCUCUGCUUUGAUUGUAUUUCUUGGUAAUUCUUGCUGGGUUGUCGAAUUAUUUAUCUGGGUCUGUUUGGUUUGGCUUGGGUUUUUCAAUGGCGGCUUCCUCUGUUGCGUCUCCUCUCUGUACGUGGCUUGUCGCAGCUUGCAUGUCAGUGGCAUGCGAGAAAGACCACCCUCUGAAAUCGUCAAUGUUUCAGACACCAAAGAGACUGAGUCGGUGGGCCAAACGAAGGCUACAAUGCAGCAAUGGUGGUGUUGAUUAUUUCUCAAGUGGCUGGAUUUCAUCUUUCUAUGGGUCCAGUAUCCACAAUCUGAUGAGCUCUUGUCUCGCUUUCGAGCCCUGCGAGGCCUAUUCCAGCUCCAAAGGGCUCUCCUCAUCUCUGGCCUUCUUUGGCGACAAUGGGUUCUCACUCUUCGGAUCCAAGCCCUCCCCAAUGAAUCACAGGCAAAGGCGCAUGAAUCGAGCUGCCCAUUCUGACAAAAAUAUGGCAGUGGCUGUGAAGCCUGCAGCAGAAGUCACAGCAAAGAAGAAACCUCUUACGAAGCAAAGGCGGGUUGUUGUGACAGGCAUGGGAGUUGUAACUCCAGUUGGUCAUGAUCUGGAUGUUUUCUACAAUAAUCUUCUUGAAGGUGUUAGUGGCAUAAGUGAGAUAGAGGCGUUUGACUGUGCUCAGUUUCCCACGAGAAUUGCUGGAGAAAUCAAGUCUUUCUCAACAGAUGGAUGGGUUGCGCCAAAACUUUCUAAGAGGGCAGACAAAUUUAUGCUUUAUAUGCUCACUGCAGGAAAGAAAGCACUGGCUGAUGGUGGUGUAACUGAAGAUGUCAUGAGCGAGUUAGACAAAGCUAGAUGUGGGGUUUUGAUAGGCUCUGCAAUGGGAGGAAUGAAGGUUUUUAAUGAUGCUAUUGAAGCCCUAAGGAUUUCAUAUAGGAAGAUGAACCCUUUCUGUGUGCCUUUUGCUACAACUAAUAUGGGCUCUGCUAUGCUUGCAAUGGAUUUGGGAUGGAUGGGCCCAAACUACUCAAUAUCUACAGCGUGUGCAACAAGCAAUUUCUGUAUACUUAAUGCAGCAAACCAUAUCAUCAGAGGUGAAACAGACAUGAUGCUUUGUGGUGGUUCUGAUGCAGCAAUUAUACCGAUAGGUUUGGGAGGUUUUGUGGCAUGCAGAGCUCUUUCACAGAGGAAUAGCGAUCCAGCAAAAGCUUCACGCCCAUGGGAUAUUAAUCGUGAUGGGUUUGUCAUGGGAGAGGGAGCUGGGGUCCUGCUGCUGGAAGAGCUAGAACAUGCAAAGAGAAGAGGUGCAAAUAUCUAUGCAGAGUUUUUGGGUGGAAGCUUCACUUGUGAUGCUUAUCACAUGACUGAACCUCAUCCAGAAGGGACAGGUGUGGUUCUUUGCAUAGAGAAGGCUUUAGCUCAAGCUGGGGUAGCUAGAGAAGAUGUCAAUUACAUAAAUGCACAUGCUACAUCAACCCCAUCUGGUGAUCUAAAAGAGUUCCAAGCUCUAAUUCGUUGUUUUGGCCAGAAUCCCAAGCUAAGAGUAAACUCAACUAAGUCCAUGAUUGGUCACCUACUAGGAGCUUCCGGUGCUGUAGAAGCUGUUGCAACAGUAAAGGCAAUACAAACUGGAUGGGUCCAUCCAAACAUCAAUCUUGAAAAUCCUGACCAAGGCGUGGACACAAAUUUGCUCGUGGGCUCUAAGAAGGAACGGUUGGACAUAAAGGUGGCUCUGUCUAACUCAUUUGGCUUUGGAGGACACAACUCAUCCAUCUUAUUUGCCCCAUACAAGUGAAGGCAAUGUGGUUGCGGCUUGUAGAGAUCCAUUGUAAUUCUGAGAGAGGAGCUAUGCCGACAUAUGGGUUACUAAGAUCACAGGCCAUAGACAGUUGCUGACCUCAUUUUUUUUCACUUGUUCUUCUUAGAUUUAACAUGAUAUUGAUAUAUACUAGCUGGUUUUCUUUACCGCAUUCAUAAAGAGUAAGAACAGGCGAGUAGUGGAAGCUGUAUAAACAUUCUCAAAUCUUGUAGGGAAUAUAUGCUAUACAUUUGACUGAGGUUCA